CUCAGUCCCGGUGUAGAGAGACAGAAGAGAUUACAGUUUACUAGACAUGAGGGCGCUGACCCUGAGUCUCCUGUUGCUGGCUGCUGCCCACGCUCAAGAUGAGGAAACUGAGGCCGGGAGAGAGAAGUGAGUGGCCGAGGAAAGCGUUGGUUGUCUUUCUGGCUCGGAUAGAUUCUGCCAGACUCGGAGAAACAAUUUCCUCGGGCUUGAGCUGUCACCAUUGCGAAAGCCGUGGGGACUGCACGAUCGAGACGUGCCUCCCGGGGCAGGAGCUGUGCCGAACCACCGUAUACUACAACCGCUGGAGAGGAGGCCAGGAGCUGGAGGUGGUGCUGAGGGGCUGUGCUGUGACCGGGAAGGACAACAGCUCCAUGUCCUACCGCACGAACCAGGAGAUAAUCAUACUGAAGGAGACCGUGUGCGACUUUGACCUCUGCAAUCACCCAGACCCCCGUCCCUCCCCUACUUUUCCUGGGGCUCGGACCCUAGAGUGUCAGUCCUGUGCGUCCUCUGACCAAAGCUGUGAACGAGGUCGGGCCCUGACCCUUCGCUGCCCAGAGCCCACCGACCAGUGCAUAGAGCGGAUUUCCCAAAGCAACCUUGAAGCGGGCCCCCUGGACGAGCGCUAUGUGCGCGGCUGCGGGAAUUUUCCGGACUGCCCAGGCCCCGUUGGCUUCCAUAACAACGACACUUUUCUCUUCUUGAAAUGCUGCAACCAUAGCCAGUGUAUCCGUGGCCCAAUGACAAAACUCUCCGACUACCCCCUGAAUGGCCUCCAGUGUCACAGCUGUGAGGGGAACGGCACCGACGGCUGCUCCGCGGAGGAGACGGCCAUCACGGCUUGUCAGGGUCCUAUGAAUCGGUGCUUUGAAGCCACCGGCACCCACAAACACUGGGGUCCCGGCUACACCGUUCGAGGCUGUGUGGCCCCCGCCUGGUGCCAGGCUCCCCAUCUGGCUGCUGCCUUCUUCGACCUGGCCCAGCCACAAACCUUCUGCUGCUUCACCAGUGAAUGCAAUAAUGCGGCUCGAGACGCCAGUCCCCGAUCGAAGGGAACAGGACCCAGGCUUUUCCCCACCUCUCUUACCCUCAGCCUGCCUCUCCUGCUGCUGACUGUGAACUUGACCCCUGCCAAGGGGGGCUUGACCCAGCUCUAUCCUGCUCCCCACCCCCACCCUCCCAUCCUAAUUUAAGGUUUUGUGUUAAUUGUAGAGUCUAAACCCCCUCGUCUGCCUCCAGUCCUAGCCCUGUAGGAGACCCAGGCCUUCAAAGUCGGAGGCCAUGCAUCAGCCGACUGAUUGACUAAUGAACGGACUGGGUAGUGAAGGCAGGACUGGAUAAAGGCUUGGGGGGGAGGAGUUCAGAGGCCAGGAUGCCCCAACACGUCUCUUUGGCACUGCCCCUGGAAAGGGGAUCUGGGCCCAGAGGAGGCUGUGGGAGAUCUAGAGAGCCAGGGCCUGGAGGAAAGGAACAAUAAUGGAUGGGGCAGAACUCUAGAACCAGGUCUGCUGGGUGGCCCUUAAUGGGCCUGCCCUGAGUUUAGGAUUGGCCAUCCCCCUUCCAUGGGCAUCACGCCUCCAAAAUGGAGCUUGGAAGAGGGAGGACUACGUUUCCCAUGAUGCCAUAGCACAUGAGAUCUAAGCUUCCAAAGAUGCUAGAGGGAGAACUACACCUCCCAUGAUGCUUUGGGUAAUAAGGCCCACUGCACCUUCCAUGAUGCUCUGGGAGAGGACUACCCCAGCAGAAAACCAUAAAAUUUCUGCUUUAUAAGGGACCUUUCCAAAGCCCUGUAGUCUCCAACAGCUAGUCAUUCAGCUUUUGUUUGAGUGUGCCCAUUUAGACCAAAACUCCUACCUUUCAAGGGAGGCGGGCAAUAUGCAUUUAUUAAGUGCUUACUGUGUGCCAGGUGCUGGUCUAAAUGCUAGGGAUGCAAAUACAAGCAGAAAGAAUAAGAUUCCUGUCCCUCCCCUCAACAAGCUUAUAUUCUAAGGGAGCACUUAAAGUAGCCGUUAAGGAGGAGGAAGGUGCCCAGUGCAGAGCAUGGCGGCUAAGAUCUCUGAGAGGGGAGACAUUGGCAGGGAGUCAACAAUGGGAGUUCCCAUGCCACUCUGGGACAGCUCUUGACCUUGGCGUGUUCUUCCCGACCCUGAGCCGACUUUUGCCUCUUUGCAAUCCAUUCUGCCUUCUUGGCCAUGGCAUCCCUUUAGAUAGUUGAAGAUAGUUCUUGAGCCUUUGCCGUCUUGGAAUGCUACCUCCCUUAAAUUUGGUAACCAAAAGUGGCAUGACCUGGACAGUGCAGAGUAACCCCAAUCUUCCUGGAAGCUGUGCCCUCUCAGUGCAGCCCAAGGAGGAAUUAAGUUCUUUCAGUAGCCCCCUCAUACUUAUGAUUCAUGUGGAACUUGCAGGCCUCUGAAAUCCCUCGAGUGUUUUCUGUUGGGGAGGUGUUUUGGUUUUUUCGUUUUGUUUUGUUGUUGUUAUCGUUUUUGACAAAUCCUAACCAAGUCUUUCCCAUCUUGUAUUUGUGAAGUUGAUUAUUAUACUUCAUUUUUUUA